AUGGCUGCUCUCCAUCGUAUUCUUCAUUAUGUUCGUGGUACUAUUGAUCAUGGUUUGCAACUUUACAAGUCCUCGAUUUCAUCUCUUUUGUCUUAUACAGAUGUUGAUUGGGGUGGUUGUCCUGAUACUCGUCGCUCGACGUCCGAUUAUUGUGUAUUUUUGGGUGACAACUUAGUCUCUUGGUGCUCUAAGCGUCAGCCCACAGUUUCUAGGUCCAGUGUUGAGGCUGAGUAUCGUGGUGUUGCUAAUGUUGUUUCCGAAACCUGUUGGAUUCGUAAUUUACUUCUCGAGCUACAUUGUCCUAUUCCUACUACUACUCUUGUGUAUUGUGAUAAUGUCAAACGUGGUGAUGUUCGGGUUCUUCAUGUACCUUCACGUUAUCAAAUUGCAGAUAUAUUCAUCAAAGACCUUCCUAAAAUUCUUUUUGAUGAUUUUCUUUCUAGUCUCAGCGUUCGCAAACUUUCCGAUUCGACUGUGGGGGUGUAA